AUGGAUGCGAUCACCGACAAGUACAUCUGCAGCUUCUGGCGGGAUUCCAUCCGUGUGCUCAGUCCGCUCGCUGCCAACUCCAGGUGGACUGCUCCCAAAUUGGCGGCCUAUAAACUCGACGAUGACACAAUUGAUUUCUUCGGUCUCAAAAUCAAGUUUCACCGUACCAUUCGCGUGCGGGACAACGAAUACACCACUCAACCCCCACCUGAUCUGGGUACUUUUCCCCUCUACAAGGCCCGCGAUUAUCCAAAUACGCUCCCCGAUGAAUUCUCCAAAGGAGGUGCUCUUCUGCCAAUGCACCAGAAAGAGGCUAUGUGGAUGUCGUUCACUGCAAACAUGCCAUUCAUGAUCAAAGUCUACGCUGGUGGCGUGAACGUUGUUUCCGGAGAACACCGAGCCGAGGACUUGGACACGAUAGUUCGCCGCUUGAAGCUUCAUCUCGGUGGUCAGAAUAUCCAAGACUACGUUGUUGCUGCGAAACAGCUUUGGCUUGAUAGGUUUGCUACCUCGCCCGCAGUGGUAAAGCAGCUCGUCACGAUGCCCAUAGGCACUGAUUAUAGUGUUGAAACCCAGCUUACAGGCCAUGACGCCGGGGGCGGGCUACAGAUAGAGGUGACUCCGAUCAAGAUGCCGACGCCCUUUGGAGAUUUCAAGGUCUUCAUCAACUGUCUUACAGGGAACAGGAUGACCAUUCCAUGCUCUCCUAAUGACUCGGUCCUCCAGAUCAUGAAUGCUAUAUAUGUGCUUCAAAAGCUCCCUAUCAGCCACCAGAGCCUGAUUUACGGCGGAAGAUAUAUGCAGCGAGACCGCACUCUGGCUGACUACAAUGUAGAUGGUUUUGAUUCAAUACUUCAAUUGAUACCCCGAUCGCUCGGCGACCGCACCCUUAUGCAAGAAGCCAACCAAAUGGGACACAUAUCUGGUGGAGAAACCAAGCAGGUCAUCUGCAAGGACACCUUGGGCCCUGACCAGUGGGAUCGAGAUGCAACUAUGGCCAUCCCAGUCCACAUACUUAACAGUCAAGGCUUUCAUCGUGUUACAAGCCGCGCACCACCUCCAUGUCCCAUCACGGCGUCAGACUAUGCUAAGGCAGGUCUUCCUUGCUUUGACAUGCACGAGGAGACAACUGAUAUCUCUGGAAACUUCAACGACGUCAAGAGCGCCAAUGAGAUAGAGCAGGAACAGGGCAUCACCGGUGAACCAAAGCCGGCAGUCACACCAAACCUUGUCAGGACUGGCGAGUAUGGUUAUGCGAUCGACAUCGCUAGGAAGGUCCAUGACGGCGAUGGCCUGAUCAAUCCUGCUGGCCCAUUCCGCAAGUUUCGAUCCCUGAAUGAUCUUUAUCAAGAGCUGCGUGGCCUAAAGCUGGAGGAUGUCAAGCCGGAGCCCAGUGGCCAUGGCAGUGUUGAGGACGAGUGA